AACUUGGGCAACAACUUACGUCACUCUGACGUGUAACAUACGUCUAUCUGUUCGUUUUAUGGCGGGAGCGUCUGUGGCAGAAAAUCAUGGCGGACGACGGAAAGACUUCGGAAAGCGCGCCGUCGACGUCGAUUGACUUGCAGGACGAGAACAGCGUGACUCUGCAGGACGUCCUCGACGAAGAGCAGGAGCUCGAGGACGACGCCGACGCCGUUUUGGGUGGCAGUGACGACAAGAACUGCACGUACGACCAGGGCUACGUCAAGCGGCAGGCCCUGUAUGCAUGCAACACGUGCACUGGACCGGAUUCCCAGCCAGCCGGUGUGUGCCUUGCCUGCAGCUAUGCGUGCCACGAGGGGCACAAUCUUUAUGAGCUCUACACCAAGAGGAACUUUCGAUGCGACUGCGGGAAUGCAUCCUUUCCCGAGAGUAAUCCAUGCCGCCUGUGCCCGAGGAAGGCUGUUCGGAAUUAUGAAAACAAGUACAACCACAACUUUCACGGCAUGUACUGCACGUGCAAGCGACCAUACCCGGACCCCGAUGAUGAUGUGGAAGACGAAAUGCUGCAGUGCAUCAUGUGCGAGGACUGGUACCACGGACGGCACAUUGGUGGAGCCAUGCCGGCAAACCGGGAUUACUACGAGGUCGUGUGCACUGGAUGCAUGAGCAAGCAUCCAUUCCUGUGGCAGUACUUCGCACAUGAAAUGGCGCUCUUGGAAGAGAAGGACGUCAACAUUUGUGAGGAGGACACGGAGAAGCAGCACGCUGAUGGAAGCCCCGCCGCUUCAACAACUACUGUGGAGAAUGGAGUCAAGGUUGAAGGAGGAAACACGGAGAACGGCGUGGCUUCAGCUCGUGAGAACGGCACUGAUGCCGUGGCAAUCAAGGAGGAGGGCCAUCCAAACCAACAGACUGCGGGAUCAAGCGGUUCUUGCAGCGAGGUCAAGGUUGAAAAGAUGGCCGGAGACGGUAGCCAGCUGUCUUCAGCGUCAGAAUGCAUCCUCAAAAAGCUGCGGAGCGUCGGCGACGACUCAAAGAAGCCUCACGACGCGUGCGCCUACUGGCCGCGAGGAUGGCGGUCACGCCUAUGCCACUGCAUCCAGUGUUUGGCCAUGUACAACGAGCAGAAGUGCCUGUUCCUGCUAGACGAAGAAGACACGGUCCAGUCGUACGAGGAGAAAGGGAAGGCCGCCCGUGCGCAGGUGCCCGAGGGUGACCCCCUCAUGUCGGCCCUCGGAUCGUUGGGACGGGUCCAGCAGAUCGAAGCCAUUCACGGCUACAACAACCUCAAAACGCAGCUGGUCGACUUCCUGAAAAAGUUUGCCGACAAUAGAAAGGUCGUCAGAGAAGAAGACGUUCGGGAGUUCUUCAGCGGAAUGGAAGCCCGCAAGCGGCGGAAGACUUCUGCUGUUCCGUAUUUCUGUCGAUAGUAGGGUGGGUCGCGUGCUCUCCUCAACUCUUUGUGUUCAUUUGCGACUGGUGGUCGCCAGUUGUCGCUUGGUGUAAGCCUGAUCUGUGUUUAUGUACAUGCGUUUUAUUUUUGACAUUGAACGGACUUUGCCAACUGUAGCGCACGUCUUUUCCGGAUGACACCUACGUUAUCUCCCAUCAUCUCAGUGUAUGUUGUUCUGUGCACGCUGUAUGUUGUUGUGUGCACGCUGUAUGUUGUGUGCACGCGACAAAUCGCGGCGAUAGCUGUGCGUAGUAGAAAUAAAGAUUUGUUGUGUGUAAACGUC